CCUCACCUGCCCCCUGCCCUUCCCGCAGACGUGGUGGACCGGGGCAUCCUCAGCUGCCGCCGCUGGUUUAAGCGGAAGCACGAGCAGUGUCUGCAGCGCGUCUGGGUCCCGCUGCUCAAACACCUGCUUUGCUUGCCCAUGACGUUCAAGUUCUUCUGUGGCAUCGCCAAGGCGAUGGAGGUGUGGUGCCGCAGACGGAUCCCCGUGGAAGGCAACUUUGGGCAGACGUAUGACUCCCUCAACCAGUCUAUUCAUGACCUGGAGGGGGACUUUUCGGCCACUAUUGAGCUCAAGGAAGAGAAGCAGGCAGCUGUGCUGGGCCUGAACAAGAGCUGGGAGCACGUGAGCACCGAGCUGCGGGACUACGUCCGCCACCAGGAGGCCCGCCUGGAGUGGGCCCUGGGGCUGCUGCACGUGCUGUUCUCCUGCACCUUCCUGCUGGUCCUCCGCGCGUCCUUCUCCUACAUGGACAGCUAUAAUGGUGACAUCCGCUUUGACAACAUCUACAUCAGCACCUACUUUCGUCAGAUCGAUGAGCGCAGGAAGAAGCUGGGCAAGCGGACGUUGCUGGCACUCCGCAAAGCCGAGGAGAAAACCGUCAUCUUCCCCUGCAAUCCCUCUGUGCAGGCCUCGGAAAUGAGAAACGUGGUGAGGGAGCUUGUGGAGACGCUGCCCGUUCUGCUCCUGCUGCUGCUGCUCUGCGGCCUGGACUGGGCCCUCUACUCCAUCUUCGACACCAUUCGCCACCACUCCUUCCUGCAGUACUCCUUCCGCAGCAGCCACAAAUUGGAGGUGAAAGUCGGGGGGGACUCCAUGCUUGCCCGGCUUCUUCGGAAAACCAUUGGAGCCCUGAACUCGUCCUCAGAGACAGUGGUGGAAUCAAACAACAUGCCCUGCCUGCCCCAGCCCAUGCGCCUAGACGCCAGCGCGUACAUGAGAGCUGCGCUCCCCACCGGCCUGCUGCUCCCCCUCUGCUUGCUCCAGGCCUUCGCCUACCGGCUCCGGAGGGUCAUUGCCGCCUUUUACUUCCCCAAGCGAGAGAAGAAGCGGACCCUGUUCCUCUACAAUGACCUCCUGAGGAAGAGGGCAGCCUUUACGCAGCUGAGGAGGGCUGCCAUCCUGAGGCGGGCGCGACUGCAGAAGGCUCCAGUAAGUCCAGGCCUCCUUCCCGUGGGUCCUGCCAUCGUGAGGACCAUGGCAGGGGCCUCUGCCAUCAGUCCGUCCGGCCCAGGGGCCCAGGCCCACAGAGAUCAGCGAGUUCUGAUGGGAUGCGUGCCAAGGGCCCCGGGUCAUCCAGCUCCUGGGGGUGAGGGCUGGGUCCACCUCCGUCCCCCAGGAUUCAGCCCAGCCGGAGACACUCAGUGGGCCAUCAGGAGGCAGGCAGAAAAGGGGAAUCUGAUUUGAUACAGUCUGGCUAAGAGAGCAAGGGGGCUCCAUCAGAAACAAGGCCCAAAGGCACAGGUUUGGCUGAGAGGCUGCAGACCAGAAGCUCAGCGUGUUUGGGGGAGGCGGGGAGGCGGGUGGGCUGGGGCAUCACAAAAGGGCCACGUGGGGUAAGGAAAAAGCACAAAGGCAGAAGAACCAGGUUUCAGUCUCCACACUCCCUCAUUAAGCUGUGUGACCUUGGCCACAGUCUUCACCAGACCCGUGUUUUCCUCUGAAAGACAGGGAGCUUGGACAGAUGUGUGAGGCCUGGUGUAAUCAGCAGCAACAGUGCAGCAGUGGGGUGUGGGCUGCUGGUGCCAGAGGGCCUGGGUUUGAGUCCUGGCUCCCUUCUUUAUUGCCAUGACAACUGUGAUCUGGAGUGCUUACUAAACGCUGGGCCCUGGUUUUUCCCAUCUGUAAUGCGGACGGAGUUGCUACUGAUCUGGUUGUCGUAAGGACUGAGGGGGCCUCACUCUCGUGCCAUAGGCAUCUGGUGUGUUCCGUGCACGUGCUAGUUGUCAUUGUGUGACCCUGGGCAAGUGACCGCCUCUCCAAGCAUGUUUUCUCAUCUGAAAAAGA